AUGCAUCAGCUGGCGCAUGAUGAAGCAGACUCGUUUCCGGUUGGAUCUGUUGCUUUGAAGAAUGAGUUCUACGUGGACGAUUUUAUAUCUGGAGGCGAUUCAGUUGCUGAGGUUAAGGUCAAGCUGCAGGAAACCGCUGCAAUUCUAGCUCGUGCAAACUUCAAACUCAGGAAAUGGUGUUCCAGUCAUGCCGAAGUAUUGUCGGAGAUAGCUGACGACAAGAAAGAGUCGUACAUGAGGUUCAGCGAUAGUAGCGAAAUCACGAAAACUCUUGGCUUAGCGUGGGAUCCCUCAUCGGAUCGGCUGCUGUUCUCGCUGUCGUUCUUAGAAGCUGGUUCCAAGCCGUGCAGGCGGUCUGUCUUAGCCACAAUUGCACGAUUUUAUGAUCCGCUAGGACUUCUUGGACCCGUCAUGACAAAGUCCAAAAUAUUUCUACAGCAGCUCUGCAAAGAUAAGUUGACAUGGGAUGAGAGUUUGCCUUUGCAGCGAUACACAGCCUGGGUAGAAAUGUGCAGCAGUUUUCUUUCCAUUUCUGGUCUUUCAUUCCCGAAAGCUGUUCUUGCUGCUGGGUGCCGUGUCGAAGUUCAUGGAUUUUGUGAUGCCAGCGAAGAGGCCUACGGCGCUUGCGUAUAUGUAGUGUCCAGUGGACGCACUUUUCAGAGUCAGCUGUUGUGCUCUAAAUCCAGAGUCGCACCACUCAAAACUAUAUCAGUUCCCAAGCUGGAAUUCUGCGGUGCUUAUCUUCUGGCCAAACUGCUUCAUGCAGUUAGUGUCGAUGCCAGAUGA